ACCUAAAGGCUGUCUUAUCAAACUUUGCACAGCACUUGUCAGUGUCACAAGCAGGUUGGGUGAAAGUCUUCGAACGUGUGGCUGAAACAGGGAAGAGUUAUUUCUUUCUGCUUUAUUAAAUAAAGUCGUCAUUUCUUCAGGCACUCACCAUCUACCAACAUGGUCAGCAUUUUGAGAGUAAAUAACAUCUAUGCCACAACUUUAUUACUGCUGCUGACCCUUCUGGUACUUCUUUAUUUCACUGAGCCACAAAACAUCUCAACACAUCAAUCUAGUCACAACCACGACCGGAGAUCUGCAUAUUUAAAAGAAGAAGGUCACAAUGCCUUACACAAAACUUCCCCAUCGUCAAAUUGGCAAUGGGAAAGGAGGACGGUGUCACAAAACCUAACACCAAGAUGUAAACAAAACACAGUGGUUGAAAAUGUCUCUGGCUUUGAUUCCCUGUCCCCUAUGAUUCAAGACUUUCUUUACUAUCGUCACUGUCGUAGUUUCCCCAUAAUUCUGGACCUUCCUGACAAAUGUGGAGGAGAUGAUGAGCCUGAGGACGUCUUUCUUUUGCUUGUUAUUAAAAGUUCCCCAAAGAACUAUGAGCGGAGAGAAACUCUGCGCAAGACCUGGGCUGCAGAGAGGUCAUAUAAAGGAAAAGUGAUUCGAAGAAUCUUUAUUAUUGGAACUGACGGUUCAGGUUUCAAGAAGGAGAAAUUGAACAAACUUGUCAUGUUUGAGCACCAACAUCACAAUGACAUCCUCCAAUGGGAUUUUAAGGAUUCUUUUUUCAACCUCACUUUGAAGCAGAUGCUCUUCCUUGAGUGGAUGGACAAACGUUGUCCACAGGCUCGAUUUCUACUGAAUGGUGAUGAUGAUGUUUUUGCCCACACUGACAACAUGGUUGAAUAUCUUCAAAGUCUUAAAGAUAAUAAUGGAAAUAAGCACCUUUUUACUGGCCAUCUGUUGAAAAAUGCGAUGCCUGUAAGAAACCCAAUAAGUAAGUACUUUGUUCCGUUCCAGGUGUAUGAAGAAGAUUUUUUCCCCCCCUACUGCGGAGGUGGGGGAUACCUUCUAUCAGGCUAUACAGCUUUGGUCAUUUACAAAAUAGCUGCGUUGGUCCAAAUUAUUCCUAUUGAUGAUGUUUACAUAGGAAUGUGUUUGGCUGUAAUGAAACUUAAACCUGACUCUCACAUAGGAGUGAAAACACUAUAUUGGCACAUUCCCUCCAGAAAAGUUGAUAAAUAUGACCCCUGUUACCUUAAGGAUUUACUUUUGCUUCACAAAUUCAUGCCCAGUGACCUAUAUUUCUUGUGGCAAGAAGUACGCAACCCAAAACUCCCAUGUAGUGCUAAAACAUGAAAAACAGUUGAGCCAAAAUAAACUCAAAUGAACUGUCUGAGCAAGACCUGGGUCAAAAAAAGAUUUAAGUAAUUGGUUAAUUAGGCAGGUAGUAACACAUUAAAGACUGUUUUUUUAACCAUAGUCAGAAAGCUAGGUUCUUGUAGUAGUUAUUUAGUAAGUAAGCUAGCUACCAAUACUAAUAAACUUAUUUUUGCAGCUAUACCAUAUCGCUUUUAUCACAUGGGUUUUAAUGCUCUGAUUCUAGAUUUGAUUAGUUAAUUACAGAAAAAAAACACAGUAAAAAAUAACAACACUCAAACUGUGAAAUCUAAACAUAUGCUAUGUGAACUAGUGUUUAAAUGAGCAUCAGAUUUCUGAGUGCAAGUGAACACAACAAAAUAAUCCGUGAGCUAUGUUGCUGGGGUUUUUUUAGUAGUAUCAAUAUGUAACUUAAUAAAACUGUUAUACAAUGUUGUUUAUGAAAUUCUAUCAUUGUUUAUUAUUGUUUCACCUCUUUCCCUCCUAUUGGAAUGUUACAAUAAUUAGUCAAUGUAACUCAUAGACUAAUUGUAAAAGACAUGUUAUCGGUUAAUUCUCAUGGAACCUGUUUUUAUAUUUGUUACAUGUGUUGAGAAUGUGUUAAUGAAUGUUUCUUGUACAUUUAAUUUGGUAUUUACAUUGUUUUUGUAAUCAAAGGAAAUAUAUUAAAUGUUCUUUACUACCAUAACUCCUACUAAAUGCCUUCUGAAGUCACAUAAGUUAAUGAAUAAAGUGCACCUGUGUAUGAUUUAAUAUUAGUUUAAAUGCAGCUGUCAGGUCUCAAGAGUUGGUCAUUGAAUUAACAACAUCAUGAUGAUCAAGAAAUACGCCACAUAAGGUCAAGGAUAAUUUUGUUAACAGGUUUAAAGCAGGGUUAGGUUAUAAAACAAUAUUCCAAGCUUCAAAUAUUUGAUGGACCACAGUUCAAUCUCAUGAACUUUAGAAAAAAACUGAGAACAACUUCACAUCUACCAAGACAAACUGACAGGUUGGGCAAGGAGAGCUUCAUUAAAGUAUCUGCAAAACAUGAUGUGUGACAAGAGGAUAACAUGACA